AUGUCAAAAUCAUCAAACCCAGGCGAUGUUGACAAAAACUCGAAAGACAAUCAAUCGGAUUCCGAUAACCCUUUCAUUCGUUUCAGGCACUUCGCCGAUGAACAGAUAGGUGCAGUUCUACAAGGAUUCAUCGGUCUGCCAUCAGCUUUUUCAAAGCCACAGAGUGGUUCACAAUGGUCCAUAUUCGAUGAGGAUUUGAAAAGAAGAGAUGCACUACAAGCGAGGCGGAGGGAAUUGAAGGAAGCCGAAGAAGCAAGAAGUGGGAAUACAACAAUAUCGGAGGGCGAAGAAGCCCAAACACAUGCGAAGAAGUCACAAACUACACACGGCGACGUAGAUUUUGUUCACUUCUUACAUGACCAGUGGACAAAUGUUUUCGGAACUGCAGAUAUUCCGCUAUAUUCACCUUUGCAGUCUCCCUUAACCAAUCCUUUCUCUGGCAACCUUAGGCAUACCAUGAGCUCUCUUGCUGCGGUGAUGUUAUACAAAGCCGAUCCUGAUGAUCACUCACUAUUGCCAUAUCUUUUUAGAUCGCCAUAUUCGCCGCUGACUUUAUCUUUUGGUCAAUCUAUCUAUGCGCAUCAACAGUUCUACGACGCGCAAAUCAGAGGUACAAGAACGUAUGAUAGGCCUCGUGGGGCCACUCUCCGGGACGACUUUCCUUACUGCGAAGCAUUUGAAGACCUUCUUCUUAUCAGCCAGGGAAAGAGUCGCGAUACAGAGGUUCCAGUCGGCCGCAUUGAGAGAACCACUACUGAAAGACCCGAAAGUAUCAGUUCGACAGUGGAAAGCGGAUUGGAUUGGAUUGAGCGACUUCAAAGGUUAGGCAUACUUCAUCUACCUAGCUCGGAGUUGACGAAAACUUCAAAAGAGUCUCCCUCAUCUGAAGAACUUGGCAAUAACAGUCGAGGUGAAGCUUCAUUUGUCUCUCAGAAUAAAGGGUACAAGAAUAAUGCCGAGACCGAGGAACAAAUGUACGAGAGUUUUCUUCGAGAUGCAUCUACGACGCCUGAUCAAUUCUUCACCACGCUUGAGUCCACCCUUACAGCAGUCGAAAAAAUUAUGCAAGGCAAAAGUGUACCAUUCGAAGAAUCUCGUCGAUCGAGUUCUUCAGGUCCGCAAGAAGCCGACAUGAUAAGUGGAAAAUCACUUUCAGAACCCAACAGACCAAAACGAGAAGUGUCUUCAAGCUCAACCGUUGAGCAUUUUACCAAUGAAGAUGGAAGUGUAGAAACGACGAUCCGUGUAUGGAAGAGAUUUGAUGACGGAAGUGAAACAGAAACAACGUCUAGUCAUACAGUUGAUAAAGCAGGGACCCGGCAAUCCAAUACUGAUAGGUCUGAUUUUGACUUGGAGGGUUCUCAAUCUCAGCAGAGAGUGGAGACUGAUGAUCAGGAAAUCAGGUCGCGAGCCAAAAAGAAUACAAAGUCUGGAUGGUUUUGGAAUUGA